GUAUGAGUACAGCUCCUGAGGUGGUUGUGGCAACUCACUGCGGUCUGAGAGUCUUUGGCCUCUCUUUGAUCACCAACAAGGUGGUGAAGAGUUACGAGGACACGGAAAGCGUGAACCACGAGGGCGUCUUGGAGAUCGGCCGGCUGCGCUCUCACACCGUGCAGCAGCUGGUGACUGAGCUGAUCGACAGGAUGGAGAUCAAUAACAACGACAACAUUAAUAAAUCUAUCUGA